GGGAGGGCGGCAGGAGCCCAGGUUGGGCAAACUCCGAGGCAGCGAGAGCAGUGGUGGUGGCGGCGGCAGUGGCAGCCUCAGUAGCACUGAAGACUUCCGGUGGCGUGAACCGCGGUCAUGGACCAUAUCACGGUGCCCAAGGUAGAAAAUGUGAAAUUACUGGAUCGUUAUGUGGGUAAGAAACCAGCUAAUGGGAUUCUAUAUCUUACUGCAACCCACCUGAUCUAUGCGGAGGCUUCUGGUGCAGCCCGGAAAGAAACAUGGAUUGCACUGCAUCACAUUGCCACUGUGGAGAAGUUGCCAAUCACUAGCCUGGGCUCUCCCCUGAUCCUCCACUGCAAGAACUUCCGGGUGGCACACUUUGUUUUAGACUCUGACGUUGUGUGCCAUGAGGUUUAUAUUUCACUGCUCAAGCUUUCUCAACCAGCAUUACCUGAAGAUCUGUAUGCUUUUUCUUAUAAUCCCAAAUCCUCAAGAGGGAUGAGGGAAAAUGGAUGGAAACUGAUUGACCCAAUAUCAGACUUUGGGCGUAUGGGAAUACCCAAUAGGUACUGGACCAUAACAGAUGGGAACAAAAACUAUGAGAUAUGCAGUACCUACCCUCCCGAAAUAGUGGUUCCUAAAUCUGUUACCUUGGGAACGGUAGUUGGAAGUUCGAAGUUCAGAAGUAAAGAACGUGUCCCUGUGCUCUCCUAUCUCUACAAAGAGAACAAUGCUGCCAUUUGCCGCUGUAGCCAGCCUCUGUCUGGAUUUUACACUCGCUGCAUAGAUGAUGAGCUCCUGCUAGAGGCUAUUAGCCAAACGAACCCAGGGGGCCAGUUUAUGUAUGUUGUAGACACAAGACCAAAGUUGAAUGCCAUGGCCAACCGAGCAGCUGGGAAGGGUUAUGAAAACGAAGACAACUAUGCCAACAUUCGCUUCAGGUUCAUGGGGAUUGAGAACAUCCAUGUGAUGCGGAGCAGCCUGCAGAAACUCUUGGAAGAAUUACAGAGGCUGGUGUUCAGGGUUUGUGAAUUGAAAACUCCAACAAUGAGUGAAUUUCUUAGCGGCCUGGAGAGCUCAGGGUGGUUGAGACACAUUAAAGCUAUUAUGGAUGCUGGAAUUUUCAUUGCAAAGGCAGUGAAGGUAGAAAAGGCCAAUGUCUUAGUCCAUUGUUCUGAUGGGUGGGACCGCACAGCACAAGUCUGCUCUGUGGCCAGCAUCCUCCUAGAUCCAUUUUAUAGGACAUUCAAAGGACUCAUGAUCCUGAUAGAGAAGGAAUGGAUAUCCAUGGGCCACAAGUUCUCCCAAAGGUGUGGCCACCUGGAUGGAGACUCUAAAGAGGUAUCCCCUAUCUUCACCCAAUUCCUAGACUGUAUCUGGCAAUUAAUGGAACAAUUUCCUUGUGCCUUUGAGUUUAAUGAAAACUUCCUGCUGGAGAUCCAUGACCAUAUUUUCUCCUGCCAGUUUGGGAACUUUCUUGGAAACUGCCAGAAGGAUCGGGAAGAUCUGAGAGUCUAUGAGAAAACCCAUUCCGUAUGGCCUUUCUUGGUUCAGAGGAAAACAGACUUCAGGAACCCUCUCUAUAAAGGCUCCACUAUGUAUGGCGCACUCAAUCCUAGUACUGUGCCCUACAACAUUCAGUUCUGGUGUGGGAUGUAUAACCGCUUUGACAAAGGGCUGCAGCCCAAACAGAGUAUGAUAGAGAGCCUCCUGGAAAUUAAGAAGCAGAGAGCAAUGCUGGAGGCAGAUGUGCACAAACUGGAAAAGAAACUGAAAGCUCGUGAUGAGCCACGAGAAGAAGUUUGUACCUGUUCUCAAUUAGGGAAUUUAUUAUCUCAGCAUCUGGGAAGUCCUUUGACCAAUCCUCUCAGCUUUAUGGGUAUCGAUGGAGACCUGAAUACCUUGAUGGAGAAUGGUACCCUGUCCAGGGAAGGAGGCCUCCGAGCUCAGAUGGAUCAAGUAAAAAGCCAGUGUGCAGACCUCCACCGUGACUGUUGUGGAAUCAUGGGUAGCCUUAGGGCCAUAAACAUUUCUGGGGAUGUGGGCUCCUCUGGAGACACAGGCAUCACUGGGGCCAUGGGCAUCUCUGGCAACUCAGGCAUCUCUGAGGCUAUGGGCUUCUCUGGAGACAUGAGUAUCUCUGGGGCCAUGGGCUUCUCUGAGUGCAUGGGCAUCUCUGGGGACACAGGCAUCUCCAAGGCCUGCACCAAGGAGGCGGGCUGCUCUAAGCAACAGUAAGCUACUCAUCUGCUUCCUUACUAGGUGUGCCUGCAGCACCCACAAUGAUCCUUGUUCCAAAGAAGGUUAUGCUGCUUUUCCAAUUGGUUUAAAUGAGUGAGGCCAGGGUACCUCUCUUCCCAUUAAGAGUCUGGAAGGGGAUUUAGGGCCUUUACUGGUUAAGCAACCAGUAUAUGCAUGUCAAGUAGCCAAGAAUGUAGGCAAAACAAAGAAUAUGUUAUUGUUCUAGAAUGGGAUUUCACUUUAGAAAUGUUGCCUUUCAGCUGAGAUAUUAGGCUGGUUCCAUUAUUCCAUUUUUUUUUUUAAUGAUAAACCUCCCCUACUUUUCUACCCUCAUUGCUGUAGCAUGAGAACAAAGUGGAAAUAUUGUCACAGUGGAGAAUUAAGACCCUGUUGAGGGGAUGGAGACACAGUGUGCAGCAGAUAACUGAAUUGCAGAAUGGUUUAAAAGAAAAUUUUACUUUCAGGUAUGUUUAGUGAUAGGAUGUAAGCUAACAUUAUUGCCAGUAGAGACCCCAACAUUUGCCUGAGAAAUAAAUGAAAAUGAUCCUUAACUCUUAGUAUGCAUGCUUGGUGGUUUAGAACAUAUAACAAAAUAGUUUUCUUAAGUUACAACCCUUGCUCUCCUCAACCCACACCCCAGCUAGGUCUUGUAAUACGCAGCCAACUCCUUUUUUCAUAGAUAGCCCAUAGGUAAACUUGAAUCCACUACAUUCUAAAAUGAUCAAUUCCAAAUUAGUGAGGUCUGAUUUAAUAACAUUGAUUAAUAGCAAUCUCAACCUCAGUUCAGAAGACAACUGAAAAUCUCAGUGCUUUAGACCCUGGCUUACACAUGGCCCAUCUAAGUUUUCCUAAAACAACCCUGUUCUUAGGUCUUUUUAUGAAGACCAGUGGUUUUGCUUCUCUAGACAUCACAUCAAGUUUGUGGAUUUUUAGACACAAUUGGCGCUACUUUUAAAAUCUGGUGGGUUUAUCACCUUAUGCUAAUGUACACUUUCAGAAAAAGUUCAUUCUUAUAGCAGGUCCAAAUACUCCUAGGAGAAGAUAUGUGUUCCUUGUUGUUUAAACACUAGAUUUUCCCCAUAGGGUUGUAAGAAAGUGUACUUACUGUACACUUUCCUAUUGGAUAUUCAGUCAUGGUUUACCCGCUUCCACAUGCUGAGGUGAGGUGAGCUUUGGGCAGUUUGGGUCAUGUACUAUAUAUUGUCAACAUUUCCAUUGCCAACAGAAUCCUCACCUAAGAUGUCUAUUCCAAAUACUCUAUGCCUGGUUUAAGCUCAAAAAUGAGAUGUGUUAGUGAAAGAGCCAUCUCUGUUACUACCACAUCCAGUUGUAAACACAAAUGUCUCUAAAAGAUCACCUUAUUAGUUACUUUUCUUUGUAAGAAAAGAAGUGCCUUUUAAUUUAAGUGUUAGAAGUGGAGAGAAGAGCCAGGAUAGUUCCUUUAUUUCUUCCCCCUAGCUAAACUAUGAACCCAAAACAACCGUCCUCUUUAGAGGAAGAACUCUAAAUCAUUUGGGUUGUCUUUUUUUCAUGUGUAAAUAGGAGCCAUUUUUCUACUUAUCUUUUCUUGAUAGCUGCCUUAUUUCUAUAAUUUUAAAGCAUCAAGGUGAUUUCCUAAUUGUAUCUUCUCUGAUCCCUCUCUUUCCACAAUUUGGUCCUUGGCUUAUACAACCUAAAUCAUAGAUGUUGCCAGUUGCCAUUUGACUUCUUACUUCUGGAAAAAAAUGGGAUUUAUGCAAAUCGUUUUGAUCUGGAGGCUUCAUCUAACCCUGGUUUUGUGAAGGAAGUUGUCAAAGAGGAUGCCACAAUUGAGUCUAUUCUGGGUCUCGCUUUAUACCCAGGGCUUUCUCCCAUAUCUCAAUCUGAAUUUUACAGUCUAUUACCAUGAUAUUCCAGAUAUAGUGUGUUAAGGUUUUUUCAGGGAAAGGAAAAAGGCAAAUGGUGAGACAUAGUAGUUUUUGCAAAUAAAACUACUAUAAAAAGUUAGUUCAGGGGUCUCAGAUUUAUUUCUACAGACCUGUACAAGGGAAGUACAUAGUGCCAAACCUUAUUUCUUAGAUCCAAGAUAAAAUUAAUCAACAGUGGAAAGGUCUUUUCAAUACAGUUCUAAACUGAGAAGUGGUAAAGAGCCACACUGGUAUUUCCAAAAGCAAAAACAAAAUUUUUAAAAAGACUAUCUUAUUUUGUUGAGGAUCUAAGGCCAUGGAAUCAAUUUCAGCCUAAAGAUCUGUGAGGUCAAUUUGUUUUAUCUUUUAUUAUUUUUAUUCCCCAACAUGUCCCAUUAUUGCUUGUAUAUAACAUACAUGGACCUAAGGAAAGCCUUGUGAAGAUCCCCUGUUUACUCUCAACACCAAACACCUCCCCAUUUCACAGCUGGAUUUGAAACUCUGAGAGAGGAAAAAAGUUCAGUGGAAUCCAAAUAUUUAUGUACUGUUAAAAAUCCAGUAGUUGUCAAUAGUCAGAAGCCUAGCAAUAGAGAGUAGACUCCUGAAGGAAAGUUGCUAGGUGUACUAGAAAAGAUGAUCUAUUAAUGGCUUUCAUUUCAUACCCUCAUAUAGCACCUAUGCUGUGAAAGAAAUGUGACUCCCUCCCUCACUGACCUACCCUUCCAGUUCCCUGAGCAGAAAUUCCAUUCUCAUGUGACUGUCCCACUUAAAUAGGAAGGCAUUUAACCCCUUGCCACUGUCUCAUCCACUACCUGAACUCUGCCUUUUUUCUGCACAAGUUUCAUGGGCCUGGGGUCACUACUUAUCUUUUCUAAGCAUGAGGCACACUCUAUGCCUGUGUUGUGGCCGUGCUCAGGUUCACACAACAUUUUUUAAAAUUCAUUAAUUAUUUACUUACUUUAUAGAAUGACAGAUUCCUCAUGGUAAUAAAUAAAAUAACAAAAUAACCAACCUAAGUAACAGCUAAUGGUCUGACUUUUUAAAGAAGAAAUUCAGGGAUAGGGUUUGAUAUAUGAAAGAAAACCUGAAACUCUAUUUGGAACUAACAGGGCAAGAAUGUAAAGCUUAUGGUGCAUGUAUUGGGCACAGUUAUCUUUGGAAAGUCGCCCUAGAAAUUGUAUUCAGUUACUACCAAGUCAGUUGUCAUUGCCUAUCAAUGUGCAUGGACACAUUUUGUCUGAGACACACCUCAUACUUCACUGAAAGUAAGAUCUUGCCCUGAUCCCUUCCAACCAGAAGGAACCCAAGUCUUUUUAAGAGGUGCUUUUCAAACCAAAUUGGUAAAUAUUUAAGCUUGACCCGAAUUUAGCAGAAAGAGAAGUUUAAUAACUAUGUCAGAUCUUUGUUACAUACUGGUUUUUAUUAAACACAUAACACCUUUUCUUGAUGCUGUUAAGCUUUGAUAUAUCACUGGGAAAUCUUUCUAUGAGAACAUUUUAUAAAGUGGCAGUUUAUAAACUGUUUUCAAAUAGUUGCACAGGGAAAUGUAAAUUACCUUUUAAGAAAAAUACUUCUCUCAAAAUGGGUAUACUAUACUUCAGAUUGGUUUAUACCUAGGAAGAUUGUUCUCACUUUCUCUCUUAAUUCCCCAUGUGUAUGAUUUAGUGUUAUCUGUUGUACCAAAUCUUUUCCCCACCCUCAGGCCUCUCGCUCCUGGAAUUCUAUGUAUGGUACAGGCAGAUAGGAUUCCAACCAAAUAUGGUUGCUUUCUUCUAAGUGCCAAAUGUAGAACUGACUUUUGAUAUAGUUUGAAAAACAAACAAAAAGUAAACAUGGAUUAAGCCUUAAAUUUUUUCCUGUGGGGUUGUUUUUCUCAUAUAAUGUGAAAAAAUGGCUUGGCCCUUAGGUGAUACCCAACAGACAAAGGACAAGGGAAAAUAUUUGGGGUUGUAAAGGACUAUUAGUUUGUUAUCUUUUUAAAGGCAGUUCUGUUUUCAAAGCAUUUGAUGGCAACACAGAAGCUUUCCCAAGGCAAGAAAAAAAAAGUAAUUUUCAAGCCAUACAGAACAUGUCUUCUCCAAUUCCUUGGCUGUGAGACCGACAGUCUGUGCCUUCCCCUUAAAUAGGAAGUUUUGGUUUUGUCACCAAUCAUGGCAGCCCAUGUCUCCUUUAGAUGUCAGUGCAAGUAAAAGCGUGUUACAUGCUCUGUGAUUUGUGAAUUGUCUUCACAAAAGGCAAGUGUACUAGAAAGCAGCUAAUUUAGACCCGUGUGUCUUGCUGGGGCUAAACAAAAACAUGUUCAGAAUUUGGCCAGUGUGAAACCAAAGGCUUCCAUGUUAAGUCCGGUGCUCUGCCUCCUAGUGUUUUCUAAAGCUUGGGGGGUGAACUAAAAGCUUCUUUCUCUUCCAAAGCUUUAUUGCCUUUCAACCAUUUUCAUGGCUUCGUACUCUGACUCUUUAGAGAGCCCUACACCAGCCCUCAUAGAAUCUCACUUGUGGAGAAGUUGAGAGGGGGAGGGCAGGAGGGAAGAGAAGGUAAAACAGAAAUACACCUGUCCAGUUAAGCAAAGGAGCAUAUGCAUAUCCAGGAUGACCAAAAUUCCAGUUAAGAUUUCAUGUGCUCCAAUAAGGUCCAAAAAAGGUCCUCUUUUCCAGGCAGUACUGUGGCUGAUGUAUUUUCUUUUAAGGCUAUCUGUUACACUGGCAGAAACUCUUUCAUUAAGAAUGCUCUGAGUUGUGUAUUUUCUUUGUCAACACUUUUCUCUGAUAGGGCAUGUGAUCCUGGAUUUUUUUCUUUUAAAAGGUCAAGGAUAGUGGGUGGUAUUCUCUUCCCUUAAUAUGUCCCUAAGGCAGAUGAGUUCUGAACCCCUUCUUUGCCUCUUUGUAGCUGAAACAUCAUUAGGCCCUUCACCAGUCAGGUGAGAAUAUGUACACCAAAGUCACUAGGUGAUCACUGUUGAAAUACUGAUGUCUCUGAUCCCACCUCACAUGCAGUUGGACACACUGGUUCAUAUAAAAUAUCUCCACCAUCUCCACCUCACUCACAUUUGCAGACAGGGUUGUUUCGUAAUUUGUAAAUGCCAAUAGGCAUGCAGAGCACAUAUUCUAGUUCUGAAACGGAGCACGUUCUGUAUUCUAGUUAACAGUGCCUCAGGCUUAGGAACAGCUAACAAGUUCAGUGCUUUUGGAAUGUAGCUUAUAGUAAGAUUAUUUGUAUAUGUGUUUACUCUAACUUUAGUAACAUCUGGUCUCACAGGUCAUUUGGGCAUUCAAAUGAAGAGAAUUUAUCUAAGAAUAAAAAACUCUUUUAGUGCUAGACCUCUAACUUUGAUAUUGUCCAGCUAAGUGCCAUGAGGAAUUUAGGGUAUGUUAAGCCAGAGAUGAAAACCAAAGUGAUGGUGAAGCAAUUGGCCUUUUCCCUGGGAUGUGUUGAUCAGGCAGCUUUAGAAGUAGGAUUCAAAUAUAUGACCAGUAUUAUCUGUAGUGUGUUAAUGUUAGCCACAUACCUGCAUGGACAUCAUGCAACUGAUGUAUAAAUCAGUAUCCAAGCUGCAUAGGUUCUUUGAGGACCUGACUUUUCAUUAGCCCCAGGUUUACAGAAUGACGCUGUCACAGCAGCUCAAGUCUGAACUUGCCAGGGUACAACGGUGUGUAUGGUUAACCUUAAACUUCCUGUUGUGUGUUAUCUUGAACCUGUCAUACCAUUGGGGUAUGGGUGUGUGACCCUGUCAGGAUGUUCACUGCCAUUUGUUUAGUCCAAUGCCAAAUUGCUCACUGGCCCCCUUCUACAGUUGUGUUCCAAUUUGAAGAUGUUUGGUUGAUACAGUUUUUUGGUCUAAAAUUAAAAAAAAAAAAACUUUGAUCUUU